AUGUGGUUUUACGAAGCACAGCGGAGUGGGAGAUUACCACCAGACAAUCGAGUACCUUGGCGAAGUGAUUCAGCACUCAAUGAUGGCAGUGACCACAAGAUUGACCUUACUGGAGGUUACUAUGACGCUGGUGAUUACCUCAAGUUUACGCUUCCUUUGGCACAUUCGAUCACAUUACUUGCAUGGGGUGGCAUUGAAUGGUUUGGUGGUUACAGCAAAGCCAAGCAAAUCGAAUACCUACGCAACACCAUUCGUUGGGGAACCGACUAUCUCAUCAAAGCCCAUCCAGAACCCAAUGUUCUCUAUGUCCAGGUAGGCGAUGGUGAUAUCGACAACAAUUACUGGGGACCUGAUACCAAUAUACCCGACAAACGACCUUCUUACUCGAUCACAUCCGAUGCGCCUGGUACUGAUAUUGCUGCACAAACCUCUGCUGCAUUCGCUUCGGCAUCUUACUUGUUCCGCCACCUUUUCAACGACUCCAACUAUGCCGACACGUUACAAUCUCAUGCCGAGGCAUUAUUUUCGUUUGCGGAUACAGCCAUGCCCCAACAACUCUAUACAGAAGCGGUUUCAGCAUCACAAGAAUACUAUACAAGUAGCGGGUACAAGAUUCCAUUGGUGUAUGCGGCAUUAUGGUUAUACCGAGCAUCAGGCAAUCCUUCUUACCGCGAUAAGGCAUCAGCCUAUUUUGAUCAAUUCAAGUUGUACAAAUACCAGCCGAUCAAUAUCAUGGAUUGGAGUGAUCCAGCAGGUGCUAUCUACGUAUUGGGAACCCAAGUCGAUCCUGACAAUACCAAAUACAAGGACUCAGCCAUCUACUAUCUGGAUGCCAUCAUCCAUGGCAACGACGUUUGUGGAUUUACAAAGGGUGGAUUGCUAUGGUGCGAGCAUGAAAGUGAAAGCAAUGCAUUGGUGCCAGCCAUGGAUACGGCCUUUCUUGCCCUGAUUUACAGCUCACUGGAUACAUCCAAAUCAAGCGAUUACAUGCAAUUUGCAACCAGUCAGAUUGACUAUGUCCUCGGUAACAACUACAUGCGUACACCUUAUGUGUGUGGUAUCCACAUGAAUUCGCCACGUAAUCCACACCACGCGGGAGCUUCGGGCGGUACAGAUAUCAGCAAAGUGGAUACAUCUCCUCCCGAAGAAGAACAUGUUCUUUAUGGCGCGGUAGUAGGAGGUCCGGACCACGACGACAAAUUCUAUGAUCAGCGCAGUGAUUGGGCACAAACGGAGGUGGCACUCGACUACAAUGCCCCCUUUCAAGGAUUGGUUGCUCAUCAGCUGAGUUUGGACAACGUCAAUGAUCCACCUUAUGCAUCCAUCUCUGAUCCACGUCCUUUUGUUACUCGUCCAAAGGGCCCUCUCGAAAAAUGGAUUGUGGCGGUUAUCAUCGUCGUCAUUGUAUUCGUAGUGGCUGGAGGAUUGUAUAUUUGUUGGUGGAAACGAGACGCUAUCAUUCGACGUUGCUGUGGUGGCCACAACAACAACUUUGAGUCACAUCAAAAAGAUUCAUUGCAUUGA